AUGAAACGAACUAACCGAACAAAGGGGGUGAAGCGGCGCAGGACAGGAUGUACCCGCUGCAGAGCCAGCCAUCAUAAAUGCGAUGAAAGACAGCCUCGCUGCGGUCGAUGCCAGAGAUUAAAUCUGGAAUGUGAACUAUCCGAUUUCAUUGUCCCGUCCAACUGGUGCUCGUCGGUCCAGGGAACGGCUGCCGUGGACGAAGAAGAGCGUCCUAGCCCAGCUUCGACUUGGGAAGUGUUCAAUAAUUCCAUCACCCCGCUAACCCAAGCCACGUCACCCAAGCAGCCCAGAGCAGCAUCUCCCCCGUCUCUCGAUGGCGACAAAGUCGCAUUAAUCCAAGAGUUCCAGAACGGCGUAGGGAAAUGGGUCGACCUCUUUGAUGACGAACUGCAUUUCCAACGAACAGUUGUAAAGCGCGCACUUGAGUCCCCGUUGCUCAUGAAUGCGAUAUGUGCCCUCACAGCAAGACAGGUCAGCAUGGUCGACCGAGCAGAUCUAUGGAAGUCGGCUACCGUGCACUACUAUGCUGAAAGUCUCCAUCAUCUGAUUACUACGUUGGGUCUUCCUACGUGCUGCCCCGAGGACACUUUACCAGCGACGAUUUUGUUGAGCAGCUACGAGCUCCUCGUCCUCCCUGGGCUGGAUCACCGGCGGCAUGUGUCGGGCGCGCUCACGCUGAUCAAGACUUAUGAGUGUAAGGCUAGCUCGCAGGGCCUCGUGGGGGCGGCGUUUUGGGUAUAUGCUCGGCAGGAUCUAGCAAUGGCUUUGCUGCAUGAAUGCCCCACCAUGCUUCCGCCCGAGGAAUGGGGCAUUUCCUGGAGCGAGCGAGAAACAAGGGAAGACCGGCUGGGAAACAAAUUGGUCUGGCUCUUGGCCAAGAUUGUUGCGCACACGUUUGGAGCAACAGACAGGCUAUCUAUAGAAUCGCUUCGUGACACUCGAACCAGCUUGAUUAGGGAGCUGGAUGCUUGGUUUAAGAGCUUGCCCGUGUCGUUCAGCGGUGUAACAUAUGGGCCGCCUUCUCCAGAGGGAUUCAUUAAACACUGGUUCGCCAUACCAUCAACAGCGGCUGCGAUGUGUAUGUACCAUCUAGCAUAUCUCCUGCUGCUAGCAGAGGGAUGCAACAUUUCUUUGUCGGCUCAAAACAGUCUACAGUUCGACAUCGACAAUCAUGCACGAUCUAUCGCAAGUAUAGCCCUCUCGCCCAUUUCCGACGGCGCUCUAGUGCAAGCAGUACAACCGCUUUUCUACGCCGCAAAACAUAUCAGCUCCGUUGGCGGAAAGGUCAAAAUAUGGACGCUUUUGGACCGGAUUGAGAGUCAGCUUGGUUUCCAUACCAGCGAUCGAAUCAGGCAAUUGCAGCAGCAGGUUAUGGUGUGCUGA